AUUCAAUCAAGAGCACAAAAAUAAAGAUAUCAUUAAAUUGCAAAACUUUCGUGUCGGUAACACCGAAAAAGAUGGCUUUAUAAAUGCUGCUUUAGCUGAUUUGUCUGGUGUUAUAGUAGAUUCUUUGGUUGCUCCUGCACCACCUUGCGCUGCACAAGAUCAAUGCGAUAAAGUUAUCGAUAUCGCUUAUUAUUUAGGUGGUAGUAAAAAAAAGAAGCUUAUUAAGCUUGCUAAAUCUUUACUUAAGUCUGAAAAAAACACCCCGAAACCUGGUCUAAGAUCCAAACUCUGUUGUGUAAAGCCAAGGCAUUUUGAACUUGAUGAUUUAUUUCCAAAACAAGAUCCUACUGGUGGUGAUGAAAACAAAAAGCUACCUCCAUUUGUACCAAAAGAGUAUAGAGAGAUCAGAAACCUCAAUCUAACUCUUGAUCACAAAUUAAUCUUUCCUAACUUUAAAGACUUUCCGAAAAGAG